ACGCGCCAGGCCGGGAGCGCGCCUCGGAGCUGGUGAUGGCGGAGGAUAGUGUGAGUGAGUGAAGCGCUCGUUCUCUUCUUCUUUCCCAGCCUGUUCAGUGUGAGUGCUGCUCGCCUCCCGCUUCCCUGCGGCCCCUCUCCCCGCACACACUGACUGAGGCAUGGGGAACGAGGCCAGCCUGGAGGCGGGAGAGGGAGGAGGGGGUGUCGGGCAGCCUCUUCCAAGCCCCGGGCCCGGGGGUUCAGCACCAAGCCGCGGACAGCUCCCAGGGCCCAGCAGCGCUGGAACAUCACCUGCCGGGACGCGCCAUGGAGAAGUCAGUGCCUCUGGAAGACUAGAAAAUUCUGGACGUCUGGCUGGACAGAGCUCAGCUCCUCAGUCUUUUAGACAGACCACAUCAAGCACAGAAAGCACAAAAGAUAUGAAAAGCCAUGCUUCGCCUUCCCACCAACAACCAGACAGCUCCAGGAGAACUCUGCAGGUGGAAAGUAAAGGUCCAAGAUCUUCUGUAUCCCCAGAUAGAGCUACCACCCCAACAUCUCCAUAUUCUGUCCCACAGAUUGCUCCUCUCCCCAGCAGCACUCUUUGCCCUAUAUGCAAAACUACAGACCUCACCUCCUCGCCUAACCAGCCAAACUUCAAUACAUGUACUCAAUGUCACAAUGAAGUGUGCAGCCAGUGUGGAUUCAACCCGAACCCUCAUAUCACAGAGGUGAGAGAAUGGCUCUGCUUGAACUGUCAGAUGCAGAGGGCUCUGGGGAUGGACAUGACUACUGCUACGCGAUCAAAAAGCCAGCAGCAACUGCAUUCUCCUAUGCUCUCUCCAUCACAGUCCCCUGCCAAACAAACAAAACCCAAUGCUUCUCCUCAGCACACACAGCAGCAGCAACAGCAAUCAACACCACAGCAUCAACUGCAGCCCAAAUCACAGCAUCAGCCUCAUCUACAGCAGCAUGCUCAACAAGCCCAGCCACACCAACAUCCUCAGCAGCCUCAACCAGAAACCCAUCAACAGAAGCCCCAAUACCAAUCACAAACCCAAAGUAAAGUGCAUGCUCAAAACCAACAGCAAGCUCCUAAACCUCAGAGCCAGCAUCAGUCACCGUUGCAUGUACAAGCAGGUAAAGAAGCAUCCCAUGGAAGUGGACGGAUGGAAAACAUUCAUAGUUCUGCUACCCAACUGCCUCAACAAGCAAAAACUCAACCAGCCCAGCAACGAGAACAGUUAAGCCAAGCAUAUCCAAAAUCCACCGCCCCUCAGGAAGUUUUGCAAUCUUCACCACAACAUCAACCAGUAGAGCAAAGAAAAACUGUAGGUAGUUCUCCAGCAAAAACUCCAGCAACUCCAUCACAUGGAGCCCAUGAUCAAACCCAGGAAGGUCUCACUGGAAAAUUAUUUGGCUUUGGGGCAUCACUUUUGAACCAGGCGAGCACACUUAUUUCUGUUCCAGCAGAAACCACCCCACAAACCCAACAGUCCCCUGGCAAAGUGCCUCCAAAAAUAGUCUUUAGCGAUGCAAGCAAGGACAGUGGCGCUAAACCACAGGGACCCAUGUCUGCCGUACCCAGCAGAGUGGAGAGCUCCCCUGUUCAUAAACAAGGGAAAAUUGAACAUGUUAAGCCAAAGGAUGUGCCGAAAGUCAUGUGCCCAUUGUGUAAAACAGAACUUAAUGUGGGUUCCAGUGAGCCCACUAAUUACAGUACCUGCACUUCAUGUAAAAAACAAGUGUGCAACAUGUGUGGAUUCAACCCAACCCCUCACCUGCUAGAGAAAAAUGAAUGGCUGUGCUUGAACUGCCAAACUCAACGGCUGUUAGAUGGAAAUUUAGGUGACACACCACCUUCACUGCCACUGACAUCAAAGCAACAAGGUUCUCCUCGGCAUUUGCCAGCACUUCCAACAACUGGAACACCUAAGCAUUCACAAGGUGCCCCAACAACAGGAUCACCAAGGCACCAGACUCCUAGUCAUACAGCGUCACCACAGCACCAAAAACAAGGACAUUUGCAGACAUCAUCACCCCAACACCAGAAACAGGGACCUAUAUCUACGACAACCCCUCAGCAUCACACAGGACCAACAGAACUGCAUAAAAAAUCUGUAUCACAAUCAAUCAUAGGGCAACAGACAGGGGCUACUCAAGACAAACACAUUUUUCAGUCUGACCACCCCAGGAGCACUGAACAAGGCAAAGUUCAUAUUCUCAAUGAACAUAAAAAACAUCCAGAUGAAACCAUUCAAUCCAAAGGUUCUGCAGACUCUCAAAAGGUGUCAAAACAGCUGGUGCCAAAAGGAAAAAGCUUGGGAAAUAAAAAGGAAACUGGGUCAAGAACUGACAAGACGCCAUCUGAAUUGCAUAAAGCAAAAGAUCAAGAGAAGGACAUAAGCAAGCCUUAUUCCCAUGACCUGUCCCGUAGCCCACAAAGCCUAAGUGAUACAGGCUACUCUUCUGAUGGAAUUUCUAGUUCACAAAGUGAAAUUGCAGGUUUGGUACAACAAGAGGAAGAGAAAUUAAGUGGGACUGGUAUUUCCCAACGCAGUCCACCAAGCCCAUCUGAGCUCACCAAGCUAGAAAGCUCUGUAAGGCCUCUCUUAGAAUCAAACAGUAUAACCCAGGGAAGCAACAGAAAAAUGUUACAUGGUUCACAAGAAGAUCAAAAGCAAAAGCUGAGGCCAAGAUCAUUGUCUAUUACUCCUGAAGCUUUUGAUUCUGAUGAUGAAUUGGAAGAUAUUCUUGAAGAAGAUGAAGACUCUCUUGAAUGGGAAAAUCAGAGGGACCAGAGAGAUAUUGUAGAAUCAUCUGAUGAUUUUGGUAGUAAGCUGCGUCAUGACUAUGUGGAGGAUAGUAGUGAAGGAUUUUCCCCAUUGCCAACUAGGCAAAUGAAGGGGGAAUUCUCUGAUGAAGAGUUUAUGAGGAGGCAAAUUUUAGAAAUGAGUGCAGAAGAAGACAACCUUGAAGAUGAUGAAGAUGAAUAUAGUCAUGUCAAAUACAACACUGGCAAGAACGGACAGAAAACAAAUUCCGAAAAAGUUAAAAGUACUUCUUCUAAAAGACGACUUUAUAAUUCAAACAACAUUCAUGACGAAAACAGAAAAGAAACAGAAGAAGAAGACAUGUCUGCCUCACAAGGAGGGUUAAGACGUUUCAAGACCAUUGAUUUAAAUAGCACAAACAGUUAUAAUAGAGAUAUAGACCGUGAACAUGAAAAUGACAUCUGUUUAGAAAGAGAGCCAGAAUUAGAAAUGGAAAGUUUAACCGGAUCACCAGAGGAAAGAUCUAGAGGUGAAUAUUCAUCAACUUUACCUGCAACAACACCAAGCUAUACAUCUGGUACCUCUCCUACAUCUAUGUCAUCCCUCGAAGAAGACAGUGACAGCAGUCCUAGUCGAAGACAGAGGCUAGAGGAAGUCAAGCAGCAGAGAAAAGCACGACACCGCUCCCAUGGACCUCUUUUGCCUACCAUUGAAGAUUCCUCAGAAGAAGAGGAACUCCGUGAAGAAGAAGAGCUUUUAAGGGAGCAGGAAAAAAUGAGAGAAGUUGAACAGCAGAGAAUUCGAAGUACUGCACGCAAAGCGAAAAGAGAUAAAGAAGAGCUGAGGGCACAAAGAAGGAGAGAGAGGUCAAAAACUCCCCCAAGCAAUUUGUCUCCAAUCGAGGAUGCAUCUCCAACUGAAGAACUUAGACAAGCAGCAGAGAUGGAAGAGCUUCAUAGAUCAUCUUGCUCAGAAUACUCACCCUCUAUUGACUCUGAAGCAGAAGGCUUUGAAUUGAUUGGUUCAAAGUUAUACAAGUCAGGCAGUGAAUACAACUUGCCAACAUUUAUGUCUCUGUAUUCCCCAACAGAGAAAACAUCAAGCACCUCUAGUAACAAGCCUUUAAAAAGUGCUGAAGAAGUGUAUGAAGAGUUAAUGAGAAAAGCUGAAAUGUUUCAAAAACAACAAUUUCAACAAAAUUCAAUGUAUGGCAACAAUUAUCAGCAAGUAAAUUACAUUGGCGCAGAAAGCCAGAAUAAUUUUGAAUAUCAGUACAUAGAUGAGUACAGCUAUGACAGUGGUCAGAUUGCGUCAUCCCAAACAGAAUAUCAUGUGGGUUUAUCCAAACCGGGUACAGUUUAUGAUGAAAUUUUACAGACAUCACAGAAUAUCUCAAGAAUGCAUCAGUCUUCAUCACAAGACUUAUCUUUACAAGAGGAAGAUAAAAAAACAGAACUAUACCCAAAAAAACAGUUUUUAAAUGCAGAAAAUGCAUACAAUGAUUUAACAAAGCAAACUAGUGGACCCCUCACGCCUGGAACAAGCCCCACCCAGUUGUCAGCACCAGUGUCUUUUGCAUCGUCUGAUGGCCAUGCAUGUAGAGUUAUACCAGAUGUGCGUGUUACACGUCAUUUUUCUAGAGAUGGGCUAGAUCAGACAAAGCUGCAGAGCUCCUCCACUGUAUCUAGUUCCCAAACCAUAUCAUCUAAUUACCAGUAUGGUAAAGGAGCUACAACCACCACUACUUCAGUAGUUCAGACAAUAUCAUCUAGUACAGGUAUAACGCCUCUGCAUUCAGGUACCACACCUGGACUUCCUACACAAAGGAGUUAUGGACAAUGUAAAGGCACCAGUGAUUUUAGGGCAAAUGAGGAGCAACAUAGGAAUCAAAUUGGUGCAGACAUCAGUGCACCACCAAAAGACAGGACACAGAGUGCAGGUGAUAUGAGAUCAAAUGUAUCUUUGACAUCUAAAGUCAUCUCCUUCUUCAAAAGUUCAAGUCCUCCACUUUCUCCUACCUCACCAACACAGAGUCCCACACAUUCAUCACCAAGAAUAAGUCUGGUGUCAGGAAGCAAAUCUACUACAGAAUUUUCAUCCCAAACUCAAACUACCCAUGCAUCAAGUGAUGGCUCUGUGGCUUCAUCUGUAGACGCUUCACCUAUGGUAGCUCAUGGCACACAAACUCCAGAGCGAACCAGACCACCCCGUAUUUCCAGGCAACAGUCAUCACAGGAAGCUCCUUUUAUGGUCAUUACAUUGGCAUCAGCUUCAUCAAGCCAAACUAAAUCUAAAAGUGUAAGUUCUUCUACUUCCCCUGUCACAUCUCCAACUAGGCUUAAUCGGCAACAGACACUACGCAGUUAUAGUCAGAUAUCUGCGGCUAGUUCACAACUUCCGCAAGAACAAAGUCAAGUAAGCUACAGUAAGGUGCACACAAAUCUAGACAGAGCCCCUCCAGCAGGCAUGCAGAUGGUCACUCCUAAAGGCCAACCAACCUCUGUGGUAGAUGGCUCAAGCGGUACUUAUGCUUGGGGCUCUUUACCACCAGAAAAUAUAUCAUUAUGUAGAAUUUCCUCUGUUCCUGGAACAUCAAGAGUAGAGCCUGGCCCUAAACACAGUGGCAGUGCUGUAGAUUUACGAACUGCAAUUAAACCAGCUCCAGUCAUUAUGACUGACCAGGGAAUGGAUCUCACAUCAUUAGCUACUGAAACUAGAAGGUACUCAUUUACUAUGGACCAGUCUCCAACUCGACAAUCUACGGCUGUGCAGCCAAUGAUUGUAAAUUUGAAUGCCCAAGAACAACCUCAUGCAGUUAUAGCAACAGCCACUACUGUUAGCAUAACUGUUGCAUCUUCCAUGAUUAUCUCACAGCCAAAACAGCCAACAAUCUAUGGAGAUCCUUUUCAAAACAGGGUGGACUUUGGUCAAGGAACAGGAAGUGCAGUUUGCUUAACACAAGUCAAGCAAGUUGAUCAAUCAACUGCUACUAUGUGUAAACCAGAUGAUGUUGUUGGUAUCCAAAAAGACAUAUUUUCAAGAUACAAUCUUCCCGAUCAAGUAAUUCCUAUAGUUAAAAGAGAUGUAGUUCCGCAACCCAGUAAUAUUCAAAGCAUCAGUUCCGUUCCAAGCCAGUACCAACAAGAUCAGAGCACUGGUCCUACAGAAGUAUACAGCGGUACACCAGAAUAUAAAGCACCACAUCCUUCAUUUAAUAUUCAUGGAAACCAACCUCAUACCAUGAUGGUCCAGUUAGAUGCCAUUGAUUCUGGAACAGUGACAAAGAUUUUGCAGGAAGAACAACCAUCAAAUGUUUUGGACCUUACAGGAAUAAAACCCGAAAGUCAGGUGGCAUGCUGUGAUAUGGUAUACAAGUUUCCAUUUGGCAGCAGUUGCACAGGUACACAUAACUCUUCCAAAAUUCCUGAAAAACAUACUGGAGAACCAGCUCAGGCUGUGAGAUCUGGGACUCAGUAUUAUGGACAGCGAGAGCAAGACAUUUCAGAUAACUAUCCCUAUAGAGAAGCAACGUCUGUUUUACCUGCUGCACCUCCUCAGAAUAUGUAUGAGGAGCAGAAAUUUCAACCAUUUGGACCAACAGGAAGACUGCAUUCUUCCAUGUCAGAGACAAACCUAUCAGAAAUUGGUUUGUAUCAGCCUUAUCAUGGGACCGGAGGAGAUUCUGCUAUGGACCUAUCUACAAUGAAAAAUUCAUUUAGUAUGAACUUUACAGAUGGAAGCUAUUUAGGUCAAGGAAUGCAGUAUGGGUCAUUCACUGACCUACGCCAACCUACUGAUUUAAUAAACAAUGCUCUACCCAUGAGAAGGUACAGUUCACUGUCGAACAUUUACUCUGAUUACAGAUAUUCUUCUAAGGAUCUGUCUAACUUUCAAGAAUCUAAUCUUGCUCAGUACAGUGCAACAACAGCUCGUGAAAUUAGCCGAAUGUGUGCAGCCCUUAAUUCUAUGGACCAGUAUGGGAGCAGACAUCCUAACAGUGCAAAUAUGUUGCAGUAUGGGGCUAGUUCAAUGGUUAGUGGUCCAGCAGCAGGUAAUAUCCUACCCAAUCAACAGGGAAUGACAUCUGUUAGACAAAACAUGAUGUAUGGUCAGCAAUUGCCAGAAACAAGACAGGGUUUUGGAAAUUUAACGCAAUACAAUAUAUCUGGUUUACAAGCAGGAACUGUUAGGCAAAUGUUCCCUCCUGCUGCCACUGUAAGAGCUGCUGAUGGCAUGAUUUACUCAACUAUUAAUACUCCUAUAGCAUCUACACUCCCAAUCACCACACAACCAGCGCCUGUUUUAAGGCCAAUGAUUAGAGGUUUAUAUAGACCAUAUGGACCAGGAAAUAUUACAGCUGUGCCACUGGCAAGUCUUACUAGGGUCCCAAUGGUUACUCAAAGAAUGCCAUUGGGGCCACAAGCAGUGUAUCAUUAUCCUGGUGUAAGCAGAUUUCCAGCACCUUCUACAGCUUCAUCAAUGGAUACCCCAGUUUACUUAGGAAAACCAGCUGCAGCUGUCACAACUAGUUCAGUUACUGUCACUAGUACUACUGCACCUGUCCCUCCUGUUUCAAUAGCAGUUUCAAGUGUUCUUGCAUCUUCAACUGUACGGACAGAGCAAGCCACCUCAGUUUUUCGUGAUGACGUCACAUCUUCUGUGGCUCAAAGUACUGCUUCCAAAGACACAAGUCAACCACAACAAAAGCCGGUUCCUGAAGUUUCUUCAGCUGCAAGUGCACUGAAGCCUGGCACUGAAAAGGAGGAUAAGGAAAAAGAAGAAGAGAGACAAAGAAAACAGCAAGAACAAAUGCUACAGAUAGAAAGAGAAAGAGUUGAGUUGGAGACAUUGAGACAAAUGCGCUUACAUGAGGAACUAGAACGGGAACGGAUAGAACUACAACGACAUAGAGAGAAGGAACAGAUGUUGGUACAGAGGGAAUUGCAAGAGUUGCAGUCUAUCAAACAGCAAGUAAUGCAGCAACAACAGGAGGAACGCCACGUUCAAUUUGCUCUCCAAAGGGAACAAUUAGCACAGCAGCGUAUACAGCUUGAGCAAAUUCAGCAGUUGCAACAGCAGUUGCAGCAACAGCUCGAAGAGCAAAAAAGACAAAAGAAUAUUGUGCCCUCUGCAUGUGAGCAAACUGGAAGGCUCCCACCUCAGACUGUAUCUGAAAUAGCAAUAGAAAUGCAAAGGACCCUUGCACAGUCUGGCCAAUACUGGCCUCCAGUUAACCAACCCUUUAUUUCUAUGGCACCCACAGUGCCAGAUGCCCAAGGGAAGCCCCAUUAUCCUCCACCUCCAAGGCCACUUACUAAUUCUGCUUCAGAAAUGUCUCUCCAAACAGAUGACCAAUGGGAGGCUAAUAGAACUAUCAAAAAAAGAAACUCAAUGCCACGUCUCAGGGAUGCCUAUAAUACAGAUGAGAAUCACGAACCAUAUAUUGUUAAGAAGAUAACUGACAGCAGUGUACAGACUGAUGAUGAGGAUGGGGAAGAUAGAUUUUGCAUGUCAAGAAGGCGCAGAACAAAGCGCAUCACUGACUGCAGUGUUCAAACAGAUGAUGAAGACAAUGCUGAUUGGGAACAGCCAGUUCGCAGGCGCCGGUCCCGGUUUUCUCGACAUUCGGAUUCAAGUUCUGAUAGCAAGCAUGAUGCAAAGGGAACAUCAAGUAUAGCUAUACAGACAAUUAGUGAUUGCUCUGUGCAAACAGAACCAGAUCAACUUCAAAGAGUUUCACCUUCUAUUCAUAUUACUACUCCAGAUCCAAAAGUAGAGAUUGUAAAAUAUAUAUCUGGCCCAGAGAAGACCCAAAAAGGAGAAAGCCUUGCCUGUCAGACUGAACCAGAAACUCAGUCCCAUGGAAUAGUUGCGCCUCAGCUCAGUGUUCCUACAACUAUAACACCAUAUUCCUCCAACAUACAGACUGGAACUACAGGGAUCCUGGAGAACACUAGGCAACCAGGAAUAAAUAAAUAUGAGAAGAAGAAGCCUGAUCCUCUUGAGAUUGGUUAUCAGUCUCAUUUGCCAGCAGACACACUUUCUCAGCUUGUUACAAGACAGCCCCCCAAGUCUCCUCAAGUUCUCUACUCUCCUGUGUCUCCACUUUCUCCUCAUAGAUUGCUAGAGUCUACAUUUGCUUCUAGUGAAAGACUAAACAAGGCACAUGUGACUCCUCAAAAGCAUUUCACCGCUGAUAGCACUCAACGUCAGCAGAUCUUACCACGUCCUCUCAAAACCAUGCAGAGGUCCUUGUCAGAUCCCAAACCUAUCAGCCCCACAUCUGAAGACUCAGCUAAGGACAGGUUCUCCUUAUAUCAACAGCAGUUACUGCAAAGUGGCCAGAUUACAGCCUUCCAGCCAAAUACUUUGACACGCAAAGUGAAACGAACACUGCCUAGUCCUCCUCCUGAUGAAGCUCAUCUUCCCUUAACCACCAGCCAGGCUCAUUCUCAAAUAUAUAUGCCCAAUGUCCCCCAGAAGAAUAUGGGAGGUCAAGCAAUUCAGAUGCCUAAAGUCGGUUUCCUUAAAACCAUUGAUCGUGACCUAAAGAUUGUAGAACAAGAAUCAACAAAGCUUCGCAAGCAGCAAGCUGAACUUGAAGAAGAGGAAAAGGAAAUUGAUGCCAAGCUUAAAUAUUUAGAACUUGGCAUCACACAAAGGAAGGAAUCUUUGGUCGGUGAUACAGGUAGAAGAGAUUUUCCAUACAUGAGAGGUUUAGGUGAGAACAGGAAUUAUAUGUCUGAUAGUGAGCUUAACAACAUGCGGAUUUCUGGAUAUGAUACUAAUGGUCUUUCAAAUAGAACGGGCACCACCCCUCAAUAUUCUGAUUUUCAGACUACCCAGAUGCAUCAAACAACUACUUCUUCUUUUACACCUAGCACUUAUCAAUACACCACUGGCCAAACUGUAACUUCAGCAUCUACAUCUCUUCAGCAGACACGUUUUCAACAACCCCAACAUCCAGUAUCAACUAAUGGUCCAUCGCAAAAUACUUUCCAGACUCAGUUAUCUGGCUAUCCUGCACAAAGCUCAUAUCAGACUCAAAACAUUUCUCAAAGUACAAGCUAUCAGUCAGGCCCAGGACUGCAGAACCCUACUGGUUUUCAACCACCAAACCCCUAUCAAACCCAAUCUACCUAUGCAAAUCAGCCGCCAUUGCAAACUCCCAUUAAUUCAGGAUUUCAAACACAGGACAGUCAUGCAAGUCAUCAAAAGCCGAGGCAGACAACAUUGGCUGAUUUAGAACAUAAGGUGCCCACAAAUUAUGAAGUGAUUGUAAAUCCCACAGUAGUUAUUUCAUCUGCUACUCCAGGUAGUGCCUUCAGUAGCACUACAGUGGCAAGCAGUUAUGACCAGUAUAGAGCUCCAGAUUUGAGGCCAAAUGAAAGGGGCAAUGGGUCUGAGAGCCCUCCAAAUAGUUAUCCACCUGAUUCAUUAUAUACAAAUCUUGAACAAAACAUCCCCCGUAAUUAUGUGAUGAUCGACGAUAUUAGUGAACUGACCAAACAAAAUCCACCUACUACUGAAAGUCAAAAAGUUGAUGCAUUAUCUCAGUCACUGCAACAAACUAGCAAUGGGCGCCACAUGAAAGAUAAAAAUGGCCAUCAUGAGAUUGAAAGCUCAAGCAAGCCAUGUUGUUAUUCAAGAACUGAGGAAGAAUCUGAAGAGGAUGUGUAUGACCAUCACAGUUCUGACUAUAGAAGUAAAAAUAGUUAUCAGAGAGGUCCUGAUAAUAAUGGCCGUGACUCUGGUAGUAGUAGUAGUUACUACUAUGAAAAUGAUUCCAGACACUCCACACGUUUGGAUAGACAUGGACCCAGUGCUGGAAUGCAGAAACAUUCAUCAAAGAACCUGGCACCUGCUGUAGUGUCCUCUAAGCGCAGCAAACACCGGAAACAGGGAAUGGAACAAAAGAUCUCCAAGUUCUCUCCAAUCGAGGAAGCAAAAGAUGUGGAGUCUGACCUGGCUGCAUCUUAUCCAGUUACAACAUCAAUUAGCAGCAGCAGUAGUGUUUCAUCUAGAGCAAAAAAACUACAGGAUGAGAUUACAUAUGGCUUAAAGAAAAAUGUAUAUGAACAGCAAAAAUACUAUGGAGGUUCUAGUAGGGAUAUGGUGGAGGAAGAUGACAGAAUGUAUGGUAGCAGCAAUCGAUCUAGAUCAUCUUCCAGUUUGGAAAAGUCAAACUGUGACUCUGGAAGCAGCAGGAGCAAAUCUUAUGAAAGAGAUGGUAGCGAUAGGUAUCAUAAGUCAAGUUCUAAACCUUCUACUCUUAGCAUGAAUCAAGGCAGAGGAAGAGCCCCAAUGCGAACUCAGGCUUCAGAAGAGGAAAGUCCUGUAAGCCCACUAGGAAAGUCUGUGGGUGGGUCCCGCUCAUCAGGUGGGCAAAUAUCUCAACCCCCUGUUGAUAGUUGCCCACAAUUCUGUUCUAGCCAUUCACUGCCUGAUGUCCAAGAACAUAACAAGGAAGUGCCAAGAAACCAUAUAUAUAAGCAAGAAGAAAAUUACAUGAUGGAUGACUCACACUGUGUUGUAUCAGACAGUGAAGCCUAUCAUUUGGGUCAGGAAGAAACUGAUUGGUUUGAUAAACCAAGAGAGGCUCGGUCUGACAGAUCAAGGUACUACAGCAGCCACUCCUCUUCACAGAAGAAAAUGCCUGUAAAACAUACUUACCAUGAUUAUGAUGAACCCCCAGAUGAAGAAACAUGGUCGCAGGAUGAUUAUUCUCAGUUGCGUCACUCUUCUUCAAAAGAGCAUAGACAUCAAGGAGAGUCUAGCAGACAUUCUUCUUCUAGGCAUCCUGAAGAACAACCUAGGCGAUCAUCUAAACAGCAUCCGAGAGACCAAGGACGGCAUGAAUCUCGUCCACAUUCUCAGCCUUCAUCAUCCUCCAAAAAGUCAGACACACAAGGUCAAUCAGGGUAUCCUCCAAGCUCUUCAGAUUAUGUUUCACAGUCUAAACCACAAUCCAGUUAUCAUCAUACUUCAGAAUCACAGAAGUCAGUUAGGCAGCCACAAAUUUCACAACAACAAAAAACUGACCCACAUCACCCAAUGUCACAGCAAACACGGCAACAGCAGCAAUCAGGUCAACAACAACAAAGACAACAACAGCCAACACAGCAGACAUCCAGACAGCAAGGAAUUGGGACUUCACAGCCUACUGCUCACCAAUCCCACCAAGCACCUCAUCAAUCUACAACACAUCAAACCACUCACCAACAAUCCCAGCAUCAGCAAGGUUCCCAACAGCCAGCCAGAACACAACAGCAGCAACAACAAACACAACAGCAGCAACAACAACAACAGACACAACAACAGCAACAACAACCACAACAGCAGCAACAGCAACAACAGACACACCAGCAGCAACAACCACAACAGCUGCAGCAACAACAACAAUUAGGAACCCAAGGUCAACCUGCUUCAAAGCCACUGCAACAACAGCAGCCGCAGCAAGCAAUGAAACCUCAACAGACCCCGCACUCCAGUGCUACUCAAUCAGCGGUUCAACCCAAAGCAGAACCACUGGACAGUUCCAAGCCCGCAGCAAAGCCUGGGCCACAACAGGGGAGAGGACCACAACCUCCAAUGCAAGGGGCCCCAACAGGUAUAAAAAUUGGUCAGAAACCACCAACAGCAGCUACUGGAGCAACUGGGGCAGCUGCAGGACAACCAGGCUCAGAAGGGGAUAGCGUCUUCUCCAAAAUUCUCCCAGGAGGUGCAGCUGAACAAGCAGGGAAAUUGACAGACGCGGUGUCUGCAUUCGGCAAGAAAUUUUCAUCGUUCUGGUGAGAAAGUCCUGCACGAGUGGAGAUUGCAGAAUGGAAAAACAUAUGAAGAAAUCAUAGACUAAAAAUGCAGCGCUGAACUCUGGGUAUAAAACCUUCCAUAGGGAACAUGAAAGCACUGACUUAGUCACUGGAUAAUUUACUUUCAGUGCACUAGGAAAUCUUCAGAGAUAAUCAAACGUUGGAUGGGGCAACGGAGAAUAAGGAAGAUUCCUGAAUGAACCGUAAGACAAAACAAGCCACAAUGAACACAUGCCCCAGGGAAUCAAGAGGAUACCAUAGUCAUCUUCUGCCGACUGAUAUUUUAUGCCAUAUACACGCUACAACUUGGAUUCAGGGUAUUUAUGUUCCCCUCGUGAGUUUAUACUCAGAGUUCUGGGACUCAGCACUUAAUUCGAUGUGGUUCAUCUUCAUAUUGUUUUUCCACCAUCUCUACUAAGAAUUUUCAGAGGGCUGGAGCAGCAUGCUCCUUUAUUCCUAUAACAUUCUACUCCUGACCAAUGAUACAUAGUGAUUUCCAAUAAAUCCCUCUCUACGCGGUGUCCACAAAAACCAAAUCCUAGACGCAAGCCGCCUGUAAGGAAAGAAAACUUCAAUAUGAGGACCUACCACUGUUCAUCCUACUGAAACAUGAGGCCAUAGGACUAUGAAAGGCAGAGCGUUGACUGGCUUGGUUUAUUAAUCAACAUUAAUCCUGGCCGGGCAUGUCUGUCAGCUAUAAGUAAGCCAUCAUUUAGCCAUAAGAAUGGCAGUUUUUAUGUCUGUCUCUUUCAUCUCCUGGAAUUUCCCCCCCACUUUAUUUCUUUUUCAUUUUAUUUCAUUUUAAAACAGCCUUAAAUAUUCAACUUUAAUUUACUCAUAUACCUCAUUUUUAUUUUGCCCUCCAGUGUAUUUGCACCAUAUUGAUUUUGGUAUGUUCUGAUUUUUUGCUGUUGGAUUAGCACAUAGGUUAUCUCUAGAAGCAAUAGAGAGCAGACAAAGAGCACAAAAUAACGUGAAACACAGCGAGGAGCAUGGCAUCCUCAGCUCUCCUUUUCUAAAAACUCUGCAAUUAAAGUCCUAAGCCAUUGCCAGCUGGCAUGCUCAGAGAGAUGACAAGAGUCUUCAAGUCUCCUUACUUCUGAAUCAUGUAAACGUCCAGAAGUCAUCCAUCGCUCAAACUAUACAAUGAUUGUGAAGUUUCUCCUGUGUCCGCUUCUUAUUGGGCCUUCCCUGUCCUGUUGAGCAUGCUCAAAGCUGACAGUCUCAUUGGUCUAAUCCAUUGGCGCUUCCAUCCAUCUUAGGUUGCAGCAACCGAUUAUCAUGUCUAAUUGUCUAUGCAAUGAAAUACAAGAUUUGGGAGGGGGUGGGUAAAAAUGUUUUCAUAUUCCACAUUUAAAUGUUAUGUAUAAAGAUUUAUUUCAAUAUGUUCUAUUGGGAAACUGGAUUGAUAUGUUUAUAUCUAACCCCUGUGUGUAUGACGUUUCUGAGUUAGUGGCAUGUUUGACUCCUUUUAGGAUACUUUGCCAAAGGCUAGUAGCCAUAUAGCCUGUAAAAAAUUGUCUUUUUUGUCCUACUGCAUGGCUUGCUACAGCUGUACCUUGCACGAUUUCAUCUCAUUGAAAUUGAUUCCGAUUUUUGCUAGGCAGACUUCAGUUUACUUACUUUUUUCUGUAGUUUCCUCAUUUUGAAAUUGUUUGCACUUGAUGUUAUAAGGAUGGAGGCCAAGCUACACCUGAUGAGUCAACUGUUCUGAUUGAGUUUUUGGUAAUUGGUAUUGCUCAGUUCUAAAUGCUGGAGAGAUCUGUGAAUUGUUUUCAGUUGAAUGCUACCAGAUUCACCCCUUACAUUCAUUUAUUAUGCAUAUUGUUUUUAACCCAAAGGUCCAUCCUUACUCCUUUAGGCUCCACCUUAGGCUACUUUCCUGUUCAAACUGUGUUGGAAGUAACAACAAAAAAGUUGAUAAUAUGAAACUUUGGUAAGUUCCAAUUCAUGUCUAAAUCACAUCAGUCUUAAUCACUUCUUCUCAGUGUCGGACUGGGCCACCAGGAUACCAGGAAAAGUCCCGGUGGGCCAAGGUGUCAGUGGGCCCUCAUGCUGCUAAACAUUUGACCUAUUUCAUGGCUAUUCCCAAAUUCUAUGAGAACAAAGAGGCUAAAUAGAUGGAAUAAUAGAUUAUAGUAUGUAAAGAAAAGAGACUAGAAGAAUAGAGGUUGAGUGAGGAGAGGAAGAACAAUAGUACUAAGAGUGGGCCCCUGGUCUAAGAUUAAUUGGUGGGCCCCUAGUCAAAGGUUUUUGGGUGGGCCCCUGAUAUCCCAGUCCAACACUGCUUCUUCUUUAAUGUUUUCUGUGGCCAAGGUAUUCUAAACACAAUCUCCAACAUCUCCAUCUAGCAUUGGGACUUUUUUUUUGAGAUGCCGGCAUCUUGCCCUUAAAUAAAAACCAAACUACUAGUAAAAAUAGACUUGUUGUAUACCGUAGACACCUAGACCUUUCAUGGAACUAUUUAUAAAGAGCAGUUACAUAGGCCUCCAAAAUAUCAAGGCAUAAUCGAAUGACUUUUCGUUUAGAUCAAAGCAAUUCACGCCCAACCAAGUUCAUCAUCAAAAUGUAAGCUGAUUUUCCCUUUUAACCUUCUGAUGAAUGUAGCAUCUGAGAUUGUGUGUUACCAGUUGAGUGAUUUGUGUCUUUCCUUGCUGAGUGUUCUGUGCAUGAAUUAGAUACUUGUUAUGCAAAAUGAUCAAAUCUCCGAGCAUCGCUGACUUAUCUACGGUGUUAUUUGUCAUGUUAAUUGCGGGUUACCCAGCGUCCACUGGAAAAUGUAUGAGCGCUUCGGUGCAAUAAACCACCUACGCACCCGUUUGCAAUGAUGCACAUAACAACGGGGAUACGUGCAUCCAAGGUGAAUCUGUAUUCCUGGCUGACUCAGUUUUGAAGUCUAUGGCUCUUUCCUCAGCCAUUGAUGUAUAUAGUUGUACAAUGUGUAAAUGUACAUGUGUUAUAAGUAAAGCAAGAACAAAGAAAAAAAAAAAUUCCAGCAUGACAACCAUUGGCCAUGUGUGCUGGUGUGUCAUCUGUCUUAUCAGUACAUCUGCCAACCUCAAGCUUUUUUUGUGUAUAAAAAUGGUUUAAAGAUAAUAUAUUCAUGUAGAGGGAGAGAGAAAGAGAGAGAAGCUAAUAUGGUGGCUGACUUGCUGAGACCAAGCAGACAUUUAGAAAUGUUUUAGUCUCAUAUUGUAUACAAACAGGAGAACAAUUCUUCAGGAGGUCAACCUGGGUUGGGGUGCGGGGAGGCGGGGAAGGGGACAAAUGUCGCAUAAGAAGGGAGAGAUAUGUAUAAAAUAAUAUAUUUAAAGAAACAAUGAUAAAGUUUACAGUUGUAAGUGCAAUGACCUGAAUCCUAUAUAUGAGCAUUGUAAUUUGUGUCUGUCCUGCUGUGCCCUUUAAAAACGUUGUAGUAUUUCAAAGUGUCACAUCAUGUAUUGUGAUUCAGUAAUCAGCUGACACCUGAAAAGGUAUUUAUGUGGCGGCAGAAUAAAAAGGACUUGAUAUGAA